UGGAGCAAAGCUCACUAUCUUCAAAUCAGCCUCUCCUGGUUUACUUCAACAGCUGCAGCCAUGAAUGUAGGCAUCUGUGUUUGUGUUAUCCUGGCUGCUUUGUCCAGUGGUUCCCUGAGUCUGCCUUCACAAUCAAUUACAGCUGAAAGUACGGCUCUUCUCUCAGGCAGCGGAUCUCUCCCUUCUCCCAGCCUGAAACGGCAGGCUCGCUCCGCUCCAGCGCCCCUCUCAGGGCAUCUUAUCAACUACAGCCAGCACCAAGAGGACGCAGACACUCCAGACAGCCUGAACCUGCUUCUGGCCAGACUCAUCUCUAGGAAAGGCUCUGCCUACCACACCAGAUCCUCCCUCAGCAGCAGAGCCAGUGGUCUCCCCCCCAACCACAGGAUAAAGGACAGAGAUUAUCUCGGCUGGAUGGACUUCGGACGGCGUAGUGCAGAGGAGUACGAAUACUAGUCCUGAAGGCUUUGUUUCUUCGAACACGGAGCCCAAAACCUCCAACAUCACCAGUUAAAGUUUUUAUUUUAAAAAACCUGGAGCCCUUUUCACACUGCACUCUCAGCCCACCAGAACUGACUUAGUGAGAAGUAUAUCUCAGCACAUAUCCUUCAAUCUACGAACCACAAACUUCAAUCCAAAACUUACGGCACAUUAUUGUAUAUCUGUGUUGCUGUUAAGACCAAAGGUAGCAAUGCUUGUCCAUCCCGCCGUGCUUUCUUAGUCCCUCACUCUCUCUGUGGUUUGGAUGGUAAUCACUAAAAAUGAGUCACAAAAAAAGUUGUUUCAUGAAAAAAAAGUGUUUUGAUUUCUUAAAAUAUGGGGUCACUGUAAUUUUCUAACCAGCAUAGAGUUUUUAAUUUGUUUGGCAGUACUUUCUUACUUAAAGUUACAUGAGUAGCUCACGAUCUGCUAAUGCUAUUAGACAUUGGUUACACAGCAGAUGCUUGUUAGCAUAAAUUCAUUGUUAGUUAAGUUGUUUUUGACAAAUGCAAUGUUAGCUUUUUGGUGUUAACAGAUCAGUGAAGAAACAGUAGGUCUGGUAUAACAAUGGGAAAUGCCACAUUUCCGUUUCAGUGGAUAUACAGAGCUUAACUAAGAAAUCACAAAUAUUUUAGCAAUGAGUCAAAACUUGUUUAAAACGAAAAAAGAUCAUUUAUCAUGUUUAUAUGACUAAAUUUAAGCCAGUGCUCUGAGAACUGCACUAAAAACAUCAUUUCGAUUAAUAUGCUGCUGCUAUUACAGAAACAUUAAAAAUGAUUUUGGCAAUUACCAGUAUUGUUAAUUUAGGGCUUCUGUGACAUUAAACUUACACUGGGUGGAGAUCUAAUUAAUUUGUUUAGCACUGUAAGUCCAACAACUUCAACUGUUAAAAGGCAAAAAUUACAAAAAGCUGUUAAACAUAACACCCUUUAAAUAUAUUUCCAGUGAGAAAAAUCAGUGUCUUAGGAUUUAGACAUUCGUAUUUUAAAGUACUGUUAAAAUGCUUAAUUUUACUGAGCGUUACUGUAUGAAUGUAUCUGUAGACUUUUAAUGUGCCCUUAAGGUGUCCUCUGCAAACGAAUCUUCAUAAAAUUACACAAUAAAAAAACAAAAACGACACAACAAUAAAAAGCAUGUUGUUUCAUAUCACACCAUGCUCAACACUGAAUGUGACACAUCAUUCAAAAAUCUUUGAUCGUGCUAGAAACUGGGAGAACUGGGUGAAAAGUGGCUAACAUGGCAGGCUGCUGCAGUGUGCAGUGUGAAAAGGGCAAAACAGGUUUUGACAAGCACAAAGUGUUGUCUGUUUGAUACCUGGGAGUCUCCCUGACUUUGCAUAAUGGACUUCAGUGGCAGACACAAUAACAUCAGGAUGCUGCAGAUAUUAAAUCUACAGAUUAGAAAUGUUUUCUUUUCUUUUCUUUUUUUAAAGGCCUUUAUUAUAUAUAAAGGUUAACUCUCUGUAUUAAAUCAUUUGUUUCUACAGAUUCAGUGAAACUCCAAAUAAAGCUUUGUUUUCCUCCAAUGUCA